GAUCUCCACUGCAGUAAUGUGGGGCUUGUGUUUUCCCAGUGGGGUCGGGAUAUAUCCCGAUCGACGACCGAGGUCUCCCGGGACUUCAGACUUUCACAAGCAUACAACUGUCAAUUCCUAAACAUCUUCCCGACGCACCUCCAUUUUCACUCUUCACAUACCACUCAUAACCCCCCCCCCCCGCCACAACUUCAUCUAAAUCAUACAAACAACCGGCAAGAUGGUUGCAGACUCCCUCAUCUAUCAUCCCUCUGUGGCUCACUAUCUCAAAUACGUAGCGACGACCGUGGGCCGCGACAAGCUUCUCCGAACAAUACAAUACUUCUCACGCUUCUACGCCUGGUACCUCUACCGUACGAACGGCACGCCUGGGGAAAUCGCGCCUUUUGAUGCUAUUAAGAAGCAGUUCGGACUGGCACGCAAGUUGAUGCGCGUGGGCAAGAACGUAGAGCACUUCAAAGCAGCAGCUAUCGCGGCAGAUUCCAAGAGCUUGGAUCCCAUUAUCAAGUUCUGCGCCGUGGGACGACAGUUGGGAUAUGCAGGAUACCUGUCUCUGGAUGCCGUCACAUAUUUGGAUGCCGCGGGCAUCAGAAAGAGUCCUAUGACACAACGGUUGGCAAAGGAGGCCUACAGGUGUUGGAUGUUUGGAUUGAUAUUCAGUGCUGUUUCCGGCACGUAUUCGCUGUACAACUUGAGACAGCAGCAGAAACGCAUCAGCAAGGAGGAUGGGGAGGGGGUCGUUGCUACAAAGAGAAUUGAAAAGGAACGAGCAGCAAUUAAUCUCCAGCUUCUUUCCGACCUUUGCGAUCUCACAAUCCCCACCUCUGCCAUUGGUCUGACGAGCUUCGAUGACGGGUUCGUUGGGUUGGCUGGAACGGUUAGCAGUUUGAUCGGAGUUUACUCGGUAUGGAAGAAGACUGCAUAAGGUGGCUGGAAAUUAGGGUUUAAUUGGCGUGUUUGUCUGAUUGCGAGUUGUAUUUAAGUUGGAAUUCUUGGCUUUGCGAUGAAAUAGACCUGCUGCGCUGUGGAGGGAGUGAUACUUCAUUUGCCUACAAUUUGAUACCGGAAUCUAUGAUUUUUGUCCACCAUUGAUCGCCAUCGUUUUUGGAUGGUUUGAUUGAGAGAAGCUUGCCACAGUUCACAAUUAAAUUGAUUUGGG